AUGGAUAGCAACCCCCUCCUGGACUUUUUUGCUGCCCCACCACCUACCUCUCAGGAACUAGAAACACAACACUGGCCUUUUGGUGAUGUGCACGCGCUCUUUAGGCAUUUCAACGAGGCUUUUUUCGACAAUUGCCUGAGAGAUGUUGUGGUUCAUUGGAGCAAUAGGCUAACACGUUCUGCAGGUCUAUGCAAAUACAGAGGGACGCGAACAGAAGAGCAUAGUCCUAUUGUAAUUAUCCUAUCUGCACCUCUACUCCAAUAUCGUUCACAACACGACCUGCUCGACGUGCUGGUGCAUGAGAUGAUCCACGCCUACCUUUUCAGACUGAAGGUGUUCGAGCGAGUGCAUCACGGGCCCGUCUGGCACGCACAAGCGCACCGAAUUAACCAGGCCGCUGGACUUACAAUCCGUGCCUGCCACAACUACUACCAAGAGGUAAGAUACAUUGCGCACCAACGGGCUCUGAAGCGGGUUCCAGUCAUUGAUCUUAGCAAUAGCACUAUUGAUCUCACCGAUGAUUAG